AUGGAUUAUUAAGUUGAAGUCGGUUCUAAAGGAAAUCAAAUAGUAUGAUACAUCAAUUUUCAUAAGAGAAAGACUUGCAACUCAUCUCACGUAACAUGCCAUCUGCUCGGGAGGUUUUAUCCCCUCUAACUACCACUCCUAAUAUUUUAAAUUCUGUCUCAAACAUCAUAUCUCCUGCAUCAAGCCGCCAUGUGAGUCUAAAAAGUCCCGUCCCAAUGUUGACGGCAGAACAUGAUGAUGCAGCCGAGAAAAGAGAGCGGAGGCGCUCUAGAAUUAUUCAGCUGCAACAGCGAGUGGGCAGUCCAGCCUCUCCUGGGGAAAGACGCAGAUCAUUACCUCUUAGUGGACUCAGUGCAACUCAGCUAGCAGAUCAUUACUCCAGCUGUAUAAAGCUCUCAGCAGAAAAUAAAAUUAAUGCUAAAAAUGCAUUUGGACUACACUUGAUUGAUUACAUGUCAGACUUAGUAAAGAAGAAAGAGUUAGAUAACUUUCAGGUUGCCAGUACUACACUAGAUGCCAGUGCUAAGAUUUAUGCUGGUAGAGUGGAUGCCAUUCACUCUGAAACAUACAAAGUUCUGACUGGAUUAGGACGUAGUGGAGAAAAAUCAAAGGCUGACGAAGAUGGAGAAGAGGCAAUGGAGGAAGAUGGUGUUCCUGGGGAGGAGCAGCCAGAGGAAAUCAAAAAGAAGAAAAGGACAAAGAAGAAUAACACAAUAGAGUCUAACCUGAAAAACAUUAAUGUCAGUAAAAUGGACCUAGAAUUUGAGGUGGAUCCCUUGUUCAAAGUAAUGUCUGCUGCAUUUGAUGAGGGUGGUAGCAGUGGUUUAUUGUUAAAUAAUCUACGUACCUUUGAUGAUCAACAAGACCUUAUCCUAGACUCCACCUCUGCUAUUGUACAGCUGGAUCAUUCAGAAGGAUUAUCACAGAAAAAGCCUGUAGAUAUGUCGGAAAUUAAAGGAAUGUUCAGAGGGAUUGACUUAAAUUCAAAAGAAGUGUGUCCAUCCUUUUCCAGUUUUGAAUUCACAAACUGGGACUCGUCAAUGGAGACGUCGGUUGGUCCAUCUGGAUCCACCACCCAUGCUUUUGAUUUAAAUGCAGAGACAGAACCUAUAGAGGAAGUAGACCAGACUAUGGCAGAUCUUCCUGCUGAUAUGGAUGAUAUGGCAGUUGAAGGUGCUUUUGGGGAGGAUAAUGCAGAAGAUGAUGGUGACUCAGGGGGAAACAAUCAAAUAACAGAGAAAUCCAUAUGUAUUGGUGAUGGCAAGGCAGCAGAACUAAUGCAGAGUGCUAUCCGUGAUCUCACACAUGGAACAACAGGCACCUUACUAAGUGUACUGGCAUCGGAGCCUUCUGAUUACUCCUACUUUAACAAGGCUCUUCUCCGGGCCUGGGCAGGGCCAGCUCAUUGGAGAAUAGGACCUCUGUCUAAAGAUCCUAGGACAAAAUCACAGAUGGAAAAAACUCAGAAGACUAAGAAGUCCCUGUUGGAUAUAGAUUAUGAUGAAGUGAUGGAAGAGAAAGAUUUUGCCAAGUACUUCAAGUCAUCCAAGUCCAUCACCCUGACCAAGUCAACGCUGACUAAAUACAGCAAAGAAAAGAAUACUCUACCUAAAGAUCUCCAUUACGAUGCUGACAAGUUGUUCCGACUGUUCUGUAAAAGUCAAAUUAUGAUUAAGAGACAAGACACAGCAUCAGAGGACAUAGAUGAGGAGAUAGAAAAUUAUAACUAUGAAAAUCCAAACGACAAAGAAAAUUAUUGUCCCAAAGGAGAUGAGGAAGUGGAUGAUGAUGACGAUGUUGGGGGUGGAUUCGACUUUACGGCGGGUGAAGGAAAUUUCAGCCAAGAUGACUACACCAUGCAGCCAGAUAGUACACUCAACAACACAACAUUAAUGGGAGAUAAGUUGGUGUCUCAACCAAAUAAGGUUGAAAAGAUAGACAUAAACUAUGCAAAGACCGCCAAGAAAUUAGAUGUCAAGAAAUUGAAAGGGGUCAUAUGGCAUUUAUUGACCAAAAAAUCAAAGAAGGAGGAUAAAAAUAACCAUAAGGAGUCAACAGAAGAAGGGAUGGAGGAGUCGGGAGAAAAACCCACAGAGAAUGGACCCGGAUCUUCGGAAAACAGCAAUGGCAGUACAGACAUGAAUGGCAGCUUGUCCUUUCAGGAACUUCUCAAUGACCUACCUCAGAAUGUAUCGUCUCAUAUGGCAAAAAACCUUAGUGUUCCCAUAGCUUUUGUUUGUCUGCUUCAUCUAGCCAAUGAGAAGACUUUGAAAAUUGAGAGUGAUAACAUGAGUGACUUGAAGAUAACUCAGGGCAUUUAAUGUUAACAUGUGGAGUAGACUAGAAGUGUUCAAAGACUGAUGUUCACAUAUGGAGUAAACAAAAUGGAGUGUACAAGAAGUGUUCAAAGACUAACUGCAAGAUCAUUUAAUUAAAUUGUAACUGUAAAUUCAAGUGUCAAUGAGUCCAGAAAGAAAAUGAUUAAACAGCUAAUCAGUGAAAAUAAGGGAGAUAAUUUAUGUAGUGUUAAUAGUGAUAUGAUUAUUUCUUUAGAAAUUGAAUUAGCUGUAGGAAUACUUGAGAAGGAAAACAUUUAGCUAUGAAGAAUCAGUGCAGCAGUUUGUAAAUACUUGUACUUGUUCUUGAAAAAAAAAUUAGCCGACGAACACUGAAAAGACUGUCCAAAAUGUGAAUAAUGAUAUAUUUAUUUAAAUUUUUAAACAUCACUUUUAUUUUAGUUAAAUAUAUGGUACUUGUAAAGUAGUCAGUUAUUAAAUAUUAAGUUGUGUGUAUUGUUUUCAUACAUGCACAUGUCCAUGUAUUGUUGAAUUGCUCACAUAUAUGAAAAAUUAUUAUUCCUCUCUAAUUCCUCCACUCACAUUUGCCUAUUUCAUUAUUUUUUUCUUCUAACUUUUAAAAAAUUAGAAUUACAUUAUACAGUACAUGUACAUGUGCAUUUUAUACUUU